GCGUGCGCCGCUGCUCCGACUCCUGUCCUGUGUUCAAGGUUGCCUGACCGCCCCGUCGCCCAUCUAUCCAACUGCCCACGUCAUCAUUGCGUGUGUUUGUACCUUGCGCGUCGCUGGGUCCAUCGGUCCGUCGGUCCGUCGGUGCGUUGGUUCGUCGGUCCCCCAGUUCGUUAGUCCGUCGGUGUGUGGGCCAGUUCAGUUUAUUAAGUAAGGCACGCAAAGUGUAAAACAAGCCGUAAAAAGUUCAUGCCAACAACAAAAUAAGCAACGAAUACGUGUCACGUUGCACGCUGACAAAAUGUCAAGUACAAAAACAAACUAGUAAAAAGCAACAAACCGAAAUAAAAAAGUGAAAAACAAAAACGAAUUGCAACGCCAAAGUCAAACAAAGAAUCACUUGCACAGAUUAAAUCAACACUCUUUUUGUUGUGUUAGUGUGGGUGUGGAAUCAAACCUCGAAAUUAAAAUGAGCAGCGUGCGCCACAGAAAUGUACAGCAACUACUGCUGCCCUGGCUGUUCCUGGCAAUCACGUCCCUGACGCUCUACCUCGCCUGCCGAGUCUCGGAGUUUGCCUGCAAGGGCAGCUUAAAUAGUGGCAACAUUUGCGUGCCCCUGGACAAAUACUGUGACGGACGCAGCGACUGCCCCGAUGGCAGCGAUGAGCCCAAACACUGUUCCGUCUGCAAUCGCACAUACUACGGCGAUAUUGGACGCACCUAUGCCAUAAAAGUGCCAACGCCACAGUGGAAUAAAUUGCCAUUCCUCUGCCACUUGACAUUCACAGCGUCCGGCCACGAUCAAGGCGACAUUGUUCAGAUUAUCUUUGAUGGCUUCACCGUGGGACGCUUCGACGAGGGCAUGGUGGAUACGGAUGUCGACGGCUAUGAGGCGAAUCUGAGUCCCACCGGGGAGCUGCCCGGCUGCCCCGAGGGUUUUAUGCAGCUCAGCGAACUGGGACGUCCGUUCACAGGCGGCUCGUGGUGUGGCAAGGCCACUGGACCACAAUUGUACUUUAGCGAAACAUCCACGGUGACAGCGUCGGUUAAGGUAUUCCAUCCGCCACGCAAUAUACGAGACGAGAAACCUUUCGAGUUCAGUAUAAGAUACAAAUUUAUAAGCCAGUCCGAUGCAGUUGUCAGGUACGGUCUGCCCGAUAAGCCGCUUGAGCUGGGACGUGUCACACCCGGCACCUAUUGUACACGACAAUUCGAUGAAUGCUAUCGUAACAAGUGUCGCCUGCAGAGCCCAAAUUAUCCUGGCAUGUAUCCGAGGAAUGUUACCUGCUAUUGGACCAUUCGACAAAAAGAAGUUCCUACCAGCAAGCAUGCCAUGGUCGCCGUUAGUCAGGAGAACCAGCACAAGGCGCUGGUGAAGCGCUCUAUUGCCAGCUUCAACAAGACCUCGCGCUCCAUACGCGCCUGGUCCGACUGCACGGGCGAACGGGAUCACCUGAUAUUCUACGAUGGCAGCUCCACCAACGACCCCGUACUGGCCAAAUACUGCGGCGGCGAUUGGUUGCCACGCGUCGUGUCACGUGGUCCGGAAAUGCUGGUGGCCUUUCACUCCAGCCCUUUCUCGGCGCCUCUACAACAGGGCAUACCGAAUCGUGGCUUCGAAUUGGACGUUGACAUCCUAUUUACUGAUUCGGAUUCCUUCGACUUCGCCCAGGGCACAAAGAAUCUCUGUGAAUUUCAUAUUAAUGCUACGAAUCCGGAUGAUGUCCUCUUCUCACGCCGCGGCCGCAUGGGGCGCAUUGUGAGUCCGCGUCACACGCUUCCGCCGAACACAACAUGCACGUACCACUUUCACGGAUAUCCUGGUGACCUGAUUUGGUUAUCGUUCACCAGCUACAAUCUGCAGAUACUGCAGCAGGCGAUACACGACAACAAUACUCUGGGCCGGAGCGACUUGCCGCCUUGGAUAACGCGCCUACGUAUGUGGGACAGUUAUGGCACAUAUCUACCCAUAAAGUCCACCAGCGCCACCACAGGACAACCACCGCCGCCUCCUCCGGUUGCUUCUUCGGCGGACGGCGGAAAGCCCACAGUUCUAAAUCAGAGCAAUUAUGGCACCUACUACUACAGUCCGAGUAAUCCGAAACUGAGCAAAAACCUGCGAGUUAACAUAGACAAUGCGUGGAAUCCGGUGGACACUUAUAUCUACGGACCCACACAGUCAAGCGUAUUUAAUCAGGAGAAUAAGUACAGUGGCUAUCAACAGGGCGGUUCCCAAGCAAGCGGUGGCUCCUCGCCGAGUGGCAAGCAGUUGAGCGCCUUCAAGGACAGCCUCAACUAUAUAUCUAGCAGCAAGUCGAGCAAGGAAGCCGGUGGUGGUGGUGGAUCCACGGCUGCCGUAGUCAGCGCUGAUAAGAGCGCCGUAGCCCUGAUGAGCACCAAGGGCAAGCGACGUCUGAUGCUGGAGAUAUAUGACUAUGAGACGCCAAAAUUAUGCGACCAUACAGCAAUUGGAAGCGGCGUAAGCGGAAGCAGCGCCCUAAUGGGGGGCAACAAGUUGCGUCCGUGCAGCCUGCUGGAGAGUUAUGUGAGCACAGGCAGAGACUUGAAACUAGAGUUUCACACGCACACGGGCACCGCACUCUUCCCGGCCCAAUUCGCGCUAAGCUACGAGUUUGUGGAUACCGAACAGGGUGGGGAAUUUUGGCCGGGACGGCGUGGCGAAGAUCCCGUUCCGCCACUAUGCUCGCGUAUCUUUCGGAAGCGCAAAGGCAACAUCCAAGUACCCCGGAACGUGUUUCUUUACGGACGUGGUGGAGCCAAAAAUAUAAGCUGCCUGUAUCGCUUUGAAGCCGGAGCCUCGGAGCGCGUCAAGCUAGUACUGCAUAAUGUAUCCUUUGGCGAGGGAAGCGCCUGCACCACAGACUCGGAUCUGCACACCGGGCGGCCACGGUGUAAUCAGCUUGACCCCGAGGGCCGAAUCACUGAGUUGCGCCUCUACGAUGUGCCCUUCCGCGAUGUUAAGAUUCAGCUGGGCUGUUUCUGCGACAACUCCAGCGCGCUUUAUAGCAACGCGCCACUGAGUUUCAUCUCACACUCUCGCAUCAUGGAACUGAGCUUCACAGUCACGCGCCUCAACAUAUCCGAAGAUUUCGCAGAUGUGUUCUUCUCCGCGUCAUACGAGUUCAAGCGCGUACCUGAUUGCCGGAAGCAACUCAAGCUUCGUGGUGCUGGAGGCGAGGAUGAGCUUAAGUAUCCGCUGAAGACGCAGGACGCAAGCUGCGAGGGCCUGGCCUGGUACAUAGAGGCGCAAUCCGCAGAGCGGUCUUUGUUCGUGCAAACCUGGGGCACAUAUCUACCUGUCGAUCCAACCUCGGAGGAUGCAAUGCGCUGCCACACCAAGAACCGUUUUAUGGUAUACUCUGGGCGGCCCCUGAAGCCGAUGCGCGUAGUAUGUCCAGCACAGAGCGGUCCGCGACCUACGUCGCUGCACAUAUUUUCAGAGGACUGGACCAAUGGACAGCCGUUGUUCAUGAAUAAACACGUCAGCCUGGUGUUGGAGCCUAUACUGAAGGAGCCAGGCGACAUAGCCUUCACAUGGUUGGAGAUCCAUCGGACGAAGAACGCUCUGCUACAGCAAUUGGAUUUACAUGUCAAUGCAAGCGUAACCACCGGUCUAGGGGGCGGCUCGAGCAUCGGCACUGGCUCGGCGGGCAGCGGAAGCGGAGGUGUGGGCACGGGCAGUGCUGGAGUUGCGGGUACUGGCGGCGGCACAAGCAGUAGUGGAGCUGGCGGCGGAGCGUCAAGCAUGGCCAACGAAACGCUCAACGAAUUUGGUUUCUAUCCCAAGGAAUCGGACUGCGAAUAUAAAUGUCCCGAAAUCGAUGCAUGCAUAGCGGCCAGCCUCUGGUGCGAUGGCCACCACAACUGCCCCUCCGGCUUCGAUGAGUCUGAGGAAGAAUGCGGUACGGCGCGCAAGCUGCUGGAGCUACCCGGCGGAGUCUUCGCCGCCCUCGGCUGCAUUGCGGCCGCCCUUACCGCCUGCCUUAUGUUUUGCAUGUUCGGGCUUAUGCGUAAGCGCAAAAAGUCCGUGACGCAGCAGAAGAGCUUCAUGAACGGGACGACCAACGGGAACGUAGCGGCCAACGUGGGCACUCUGAAGAAGGACUUGAAGAAGGACACGCUCUUCGUUGACCCAGCGUCCUGACACGGGCUCCAGCCGGUCGAGUACAUACAUGUGGAUCGCGAGACCACCGUGUGAUAUGUUGCUACCGGCUGUGGCUUCUACGAGCAGGAAAUCGUUUGACCUCUGUACCCAGCGGCUAGGCAGGCGUGUGUGGCACGGGGAUUUUAAAGCUGUGUGAACGGAUGGGUGCAGCAAGACAUAGAGAAACAGAUAGAGAGAUAGAGUGAACUAAACUAAUUAUAAGUUGGUAACUUUUUCUAAGCGCUUAAGUAAUGUGUAGUGUAUGUAGUGUGUGUUGUUAUAGCCAGCCGAUAGUGUUGUGUAUGAAGAAUUGUAUGUACUAUAUAUGACGUGUCUUGGACUUAUCUAUAGUAUUUUGUUUAAUUAAGUUGGGUUAACAAUCACUGCCUAGUGUGUACAUAACGACUUUGUUGAGGUUCUAGUGAAUGUUUAGUUGGAAUAGACCUUUAAUUCGGAUCGAAUGUUUAAGCUGCAGAAGCUCCUUAGUUUCCUUGGAUCGAGCUACACGAGCGCAACUAUUGUAAAUUAGGUACCUUGAACAGAUAAAUGCAGCAUUAGUCCGAGAAAAUUGAAUCUAGCACCCUAAAGCACUCAACACAAAAUCUAAAAUCUGCUGCAAUUAAAUUGUAAAAAAAAAAAACAAGAAACAAAUUAAACAACAAACCAGAAACAUA